AUGACUACAUUCCCUGUAAAAUGUGUCUCCAUUUCCUUUCAGGUUGGGAAGCUGAUCCAAGAAGCAGCUGGAAGGAGUAAUUUGAAGAGAGUUACACUGGAGCUGGGUGGGAAAAGCCCAAACAUUAUUUUUGCAGAUGCUGAUUUGGACUAUGCUGUGGAACAAGCUCACCAAGGGGUCUUCUUCAAUCAAGGUCAAUGCUGCACUGCAGGCUCACGGAUUUAUGUGGAAGAAUCAAUCUAUGAAGAGUUUGUUAGAAGAAGCGUAGAACGUGCAAAGAGGAGAGUUGUGGGGAGUCCUUUUGACCCAACUACAGAACAAGGUCCACAGAUUGAUAAAAAACAAUACAACAAGAUCUUGGAACUGAUUCAAAGCGGCAUUACUGAAGGAGCGAAACUUGAAUGUGGGGGUAAAGGGCUAGGAAGAAAGGGCUUCUUCAUUGAACCUACGGUGUUUUCCAAUGUAACAGAUGACAUGCGGAUUGCCAAGGAGGAGAUUUUUGGGCCUGUUCAAGAAAUACUGAGAUUUAAAACCAUGGAUGAAGUUAUAGAGAGAGCCAACAAUUCUGAUUUUGGGCUGGUAGCUGCUGUUUUUACAAAUGACAUAAACAAGGCCCUGACAGUCUCUUCAGCAAUGCAGGCUGGGACAGUAUGGAUAAAUUGCUACAAUGCCUUAAAUGCCCAAAGUCCUUUUGGAGGAUUCAAGAUGUCUGGCAAUGGGAGAGAGAUGGGUGAAUGUGGAUUGAGAGAAUAUUCUGAAGUUAAAACUGUGACAAUAAAGAUCCCUCAGAAAAACUCCUAAAAUGACGAAGGACCGCGUGCAGAAGAGCACAUGAUGCCACCCUCUCUAUUCCUUAUGGAGACCAGCACUCAGGAAUAAAAAGUGUUACACAAUAUAUAUUUAAGAAAUUAAGUUGCAACGUAUAUACUGGGCACAUAACUGCAUAUGUAAUGCAAACCAACUCUGCAUGUUUUCAUAAAACUCUCCUGAGAAUCGUUACUUCUUUAUAAAACAAACCAUGAGAUAAAAUUGCUAUUGGGCAUCAUUUAAUAACGGUUCUAGCUAUAAAACUGUUAAAUGCAAAUGCAUGCACACACAUAUUUAUCUCUUCUUUAAAUAAACAAAAUAAGUCUUACUGCUUUCAGGUUGCCUUCUCAAACAGACCUGCCUUGUACUGACAUUCUAGUUUCAAUCAGGGCUUUACAAGCCAGAUUUUACCCAAAAUGCUAGCCAUGAACAACAUAAACAAGUAUCAUUGAUGUUCUUAAAAAAUGAAAGACUGAAUGGUAACAAGCCAAGAACUGGUAUAUUGGCAACUUUCCAAUUAGCAUGCUCAUAUAAAGAGGUCAAACUGGGGAGGGAAUCAAAGCAUUAGAAGGACAAUGAAAUCCAAAUACUUAUCAGUGAGAUUUGGCUUUCAUGACCCACAGCGACUUGGUUUUCAACACUUAUUUUCCUAAUUAUUUUAUGUCUUGCUACAAGCAAAAAUCCUCCUUCACUUACAGGAACUUGAAAGGUUUUACCUGCCUGCCAAAAGAGCAUGGCCAGACAGGGUGGGAGGGUGUUAAGGCAAACAGGAACAGAUCCCAAGGCUUCACAGAAUAUUUCAGCUUUCACUGCUUGUCUAGUUUUGUUGUUGUUGUUAUUGUUGUUGUUAUCACCUUUUUUCUUUUUUUAAACAAGUAUAUGCACACGCAGGCUCCAUUUAUUUGUCUGCUAUUAAACUGCCUGUGAUUACACUGGGAAUUAUUAAGUAUUCGUUACAGCAGGAAGAACCCAGCAAAAGCCCACCUGACAAGAAGUAAGCUUGACUUGAUUUUCUUACUAAAUGAUGGCUUGCCAUCCUCACCAUGCUUGUGAGCCUCAGGUGAGCUUACUGGCUGGUAUUGACUUUUCAAUUAUGUCUGUUCUUUUUUUUGCUCAGGACAAAAAUAUGAGCAAGUUCUUUUAGAAGUGAGGUGUUUAAAACCUCUCACAUUAUUACCUGCUGCCUACAGAAACUCUUCCAAUUUUUAACUAACAAACUAAACACCAUCUCUUUCUUCUUUCCAGCUGCAGAGCUCAUCAAUUCCCCAGACUUUUUUUAAAGAGGUUUCAUUUUAUGUUUUAACCUAGAAUUAAGAAAAUUUAUUUUAAAAGUACAGUAAAUCAUCUACACUGUGUAGCUACAUUAUCUGGGGUGUAAGGACAGAAUUAUGGCCUCAGGUGUAACAGUUUUCCUAGGUGCAGAGUCUAUACUACAAACUGUUGAAAACUCCAGACCUGAUCAGCAAAUCAUUUCUGCACGUUCUUAACUUCCUUUACUCUCUGAGGAAUUCCUCUUAGAUUUGAAGGUGUGUGUGUCCUUAAACAUACUGCUGGAUCAGGACAAGAGUAUCCAGCACUGUGUAGUGUGGUGGCCCUCAAUAUUUUGUAUUGCUAACUCAUGUCAAGCUGUGUAUGUGUUUUUAAAGCAAUAUGUAUACAUGGUGUUAUUCAGAAAUGACAGUACCUUCAGAGACGUGGAGAUGAAUCAAAAUAUUCCUGAGUUAUUAAAUGCAAAUGCCAUAUACUUCUACUGUAGUGUAUGUCACAGUGAAGAAAAAC